AUGAAUCAUUAUAUUUAUAAAAAACAGGUAUAUAAUUUAAGAGUAAAUCCAGCAAAAAGAACACCUAAAUUCAUACAGGAAUCUUUUAAUUCUCAGUAUAAAGAAUUAUUAAAUACAUCUAAUGAAAUUAUUCAGAUUCUCACAUUAUUAAAAGACAACUUAUGUAGCAUUUAUUCUCUUAUUAAUGAUUAUGACAGAUCUGAGUAUAUAAAUGUUAUUUCAGAUAUAUCUGAAAUUAUAAAAAUCUUUCUUAAUAUUAAUAAAACUAUUAUUUCAAAUGAUAGCUAUAUGUUAUCAAAAUUCGUAAACGAUUGUCUCAAAAUAAUAACAGUAGAUAAAGAUUUAUGGAUGAAAUAUCCAUUAAUGAAAUUUUUAGCAUUAUAUGUUAUUAAUAUAAGUGAGGUUAAUGAUGAUCUGAUUAUAGAAAAUAUGGAAAUGGUAACAAAGUUAUUAAAUAAGUGGAAUGAAAUUCAAAAGAGAAAUAAUGAAUUAUUGAAUCAGGAUAGCUCUACUGAAGAGAUAGACUUAUCUCUUCUCGAUCUAAGUAAUUCAGAAAAUUAA